CCCCCCCACCCCACUCACUGCUUGGUUGUCUCACCAUCUUCUUACAUUCAGUUCAACUCUCUUAUUGUCUUCAUGUUCCUAAAGGCCUAAUAGAGUAACAUCUAGCCAGACAGAGAAUCUUUGGGCAUAAACAGACAGCACAGAUAGAUCUCUUGUGUGCUGUGCUUUUGACCAGAAUAAUCACACCUCUCUCUACCCACCCUUCUAUACACUAUAUAGCUUGGAGUUUUUCAUAAUACCAACCAUAACAUGCAGAUUCUCCAAAGGUUAUUUAAAGGAGCCACUGAACCACAAAGAGAGACUAGUUCUAGUCCUACCAGCACAAAAGAAAGGGCUAUUGAUCAAAAAGCUAAAUCAAAAGAAAUAGUUUUGCACUGGAGACCGAAAAGGGUCAAAAAAAUCAGAUUGGGUUGCAGGAACUUCAAUCUAUUCAGUGUUCUAAGCAGAAGAGACUUAGCAAAGUCUUGUUUCAACAGCACAUUUAAUCUAAAGAGAUUGGGAAGCUCCCAUAGAAGACAACAGUGUGUUCACUCCAUGAAGAUCAUGAAGAAGGAAGAUAUUGCCAGAGGACUAGGCCUUGGUCACAAGGCAGAAACGGCUGCCCAUGGAGGAGGAAACAAAGUUCUACCCAUUAGUGAUGCAACAGCAUUAUCAUCUGUGACAAAUGGGAAUGACCACAGUAAUGCAAUGGUGGAGAAGAAAGAGAAAGCUACGGGUGACAAAAUGAAAACCAUUUCCAAAAUGAAGGAGCUAUUGAAAUGGGCUGCGGCUGCUAAGGCUGAGAAGGGAGGAAAGUACAUUGGUCGAAAGGUUUUGUACUUUCGGAAUAGAGCAAGCCUAAAAGCAGUACCAGAUGAUGAUCAACUUAGAGACGAAUCUCCGAAGAUCAGCUUCAGAUGGGAACUGGAAAGUUGCUCUACCACUUCAUCUGCUUAUCCUGCAAUUUCUUUGCCUUCUUCAACUAAAAAUGAGCAGACCAUGAACAUGCAUUCUUUGAAUUCCACUCCCAUCCAUGAUAGAGUCCACAGGACAGGAAAUUGGAUCACUACCGACUCUGAAUUUGUGGUGCUAGAGCUUUGAAGAGUAGGUCUAAAGGUCUGCAAUGGUUGAAUUACAAUUGUAUCAGAGUUACUGCUGCUGAAUGAACAAAAUGAGUUUUGUUCAUUUAUUCUUUCAAUUUAUGUCUGAAUAUUAGAGGAAUUCAAUGUAACAUUAAUUCAAGGAUGUGAAAUUUAUUUGUUCAAUUAGCCUGCUCUACACCAAAUCUUGUAUGCAUCAAAUCCAAUCAAUGUGUACAUCAUAUACAAGAAAUUGUGUUCAUCAGAAACUCGUGUUGUAAUCAUAAGUCUGAGGGACGAGUGAAUGCGUAUUCAAUUUUCUGACUAAGAAGUGGCAGAGCUAAGAUGGAACAUUGUUUUGUUGAAUUUUAAAAACUCCAUCCUCUUAAUUUAUAUAUAGAGGGGUACACCAAGCUCUUAUGACUAGAAAUCUACAAUAAAACUGAUAAUUCCUAUGGACUCAGAACCUUAAUUAUUCUCCAGCUUUGUGAACACCAAGUCUCAGCAGGCAUCUUAUUCGACAGCCAAAGGUGAGGUAAGUUCUAGGCAUUAUAAAGUGUGUAAUAUAACUUGAAUUAUUGAAUAAUAUACUUUUUGUUAAUUGAAUAAUUUACUUGACUCCUAGUAUUGAAGAA